AUGAACUCAUUACUACUUUACGGACUUGUUAUUCGAUUUACGCUCUGUCAAGUAAUUGUUAACGGGGUUAGGCUCAAACGGGCCCCGGCCGUUUGGGGCGAUUCCGCUCCGGAUUAUUCGUUAGCAACACUCGGUAGUGCGCCAUAUCGCUACCUAUACACAUUACUUUUCGUUGAUGAUAAAAUUACGGGUUUCUAUGAAUAUGAUAUGGUACGGGUGAAAGCAAACAUUUUAAAAGUUGUAGAAGAAGCAAAUACGUACUUCAAUCAACUUCGUCUUGGAAUAGUUGUGGUGGAUGUGUUACAGACUAUGCGAAGUAAUCUUAGCCUUUAUGGAUUUCAGGAAUAUCGUCGUCAGCGCCUUCAUAAACUGCCACCACAUGAUUUCGCUGCUUUGAUCUCGUUUCGUUACGCUGGUGGUCUCGCUUUUGUCGGUGGUCUUUGUUCCGAUAAGGCGGUCAUGUUGUGCGGGUUUUAUCCAUCUUCUCCAUCUGCAAUGGGUUCCAUAUUCUUUCAUGAGGUCGCUCAUUUAGUUGGUGUACCUCAUCGUCCUGCCAAUUAUACAUUAUAUGUAUCGAAUUGUGCAUGUAGGAGGACUAAGAGCAGUCCAAACGGAUGUCUUCGUAUCCCUGGAUUUGAUCAUGACUGUACUGCUCAACAAUUUGUUAAUGUUAUGUAUCAGAAGAAAUGUAUACGAACACAACCGAUUGAGUCAAUCAGUGAACCCAUUUGUGGGAAUGGGGUUACGGAACACGAGGAACAAUGUGAUUGUGGACUCCCGGCACAAUGUGAUAGUUGGAAUUGCAAAGCUGAAACGUGCACUUAUCAAUUACAUCCAUCGAUCCUGUGGGCUUCGGGCGUUGCUUUCGUCACUCUUUUCUCUGUGACUCUGACCCUCAUACUACUUUAUAAGGAAAGUAUGUUGAAUUGUUUCAAAAUUCAUAAACAGCGUCGUGAGUCCACGUUACGUCAUGCGAGAAUUCGUGCGCUUAGCGCCAGCCCGUAUCAGUCACGGAAACAGCACAACUAUGGAAUAGAGUUAAAUAACGAAGCAAGUCCGUCGAGCGUUGCACCGCGCAGUUCAACUCUGCAACGACCGAAACAGCCGCCACCACCACCACCGCCACUAAAAGCAUCGAUCGCUGUCGAUCCUGGAACAUCAUACGCUCGUCAAAUCACUAAUCGUGAUGAUCUUUCGUGGAAAUUUGAGGAUUUUGACUCAGAUGAUGAUGACACAAACUCACAAAAGAUGAACCUGUCAUCGUAUCCAGGACAACCGGGUGUACCCACCUGCCCUAGCUAUCCGUCAUUUGCACCGAUAAAUAGAGUCACGGUUGAGUUUCAUGGAUCGGGAGCAACAAUGGACACAUUAUGCACGUCUAGCGGUGGUUCAUCAUCAAGUGCUGCAUCUCUGUAG